UAUUUGUUAAAAUCUAUUUACAGUCACUCGAAUUUGAAUCGAAUUUUCUUACGAAAAAUAAUAAAAGAAUAGCUAAAUAAAUGCACAUCCAUAAAAUUUACUACUGCAAGAUAAAAACAACUUAUCUUAAGCUCGAAAAGACUGCACGAAUAAAACACGCAUUCGCAUGAUAUGCAACGUAAUGAUUUGAUAACUUCCCUUGUACGUGUCUAUAAGUUCGCGCGCAUGAUGCGUCCUGUAAAAUUCGGAAAAAUUCUGCUGACGGUGGAAGACCCUCGCUCAGCCGAAGUAAAAUUACAUCGACAUUGUAAAUAAACAUGAUCGAUGUAAAUCUCAUAGCUCAAUGGUGUAAUUUCCUUACAGGAAAGCGUUUUCACUUGUGCAAUGCAAUUAACACCGAUGACUUAACAUUGCAACUCGUUCAGGUGGUUUUUAGACAUGGAGCUCGUACACCAAGUCGUGCAGAAGCUCUUCGGGUUAACGUAACGAAUUCAGCAAUUUAUUGGCCAGAAGGUCACAUUCAGUUGACAAAUGUAGGAAAACAGCAAGCUUACAAGUUAGGCACUUUAUUACGGAAAAAGUAUGACAAAUUUCUUGGCCCUUACAACCCUCAAGAAUAUUAUGCAUUGACCACUGGUUAUACCCGUACAAUUAUGUCUUUGCAACUAGCUCUAGCUGGUCUGUUUCCUCCAGCUAUUCAGGAUUCGUGGAGUAACAAAUUACAUUGGAGACCUAUCCCUUUUCAUCGAAAUCCAAUAGAUUUGGAUAUUACUUUAGCUCCGCAUCAAACUAAAUUAUGCAAGGACCUAUACCUUGAAACUAUUAACAAUUCGAUCGAUUUUCAACGAAACUUGUCGAAAUAUACAGAGUUUCUCGAGAAUAUGGAGAACCAAACAGGAUUUCCUUUUAAAACAGACUUUUUGUAUAACUCAGCAUGGACACUUUAUGCCAUUGAAUACCAUAAAGCUAUGGGUCUGCCACUUCCAGCUAUCUAUACGCAGAAUGACUCUUUAUAUGCUACUAUGAGGGAAGUGUGCAAACUAAGCGUUGAUGGCAUGUCUAUGACUCCACAGCUAAACAGAUUGAACGGUGGCACACUGGUUAGGCAGUUUAUCGAAAAUAUAAACAAAAACCGUAAUGCUGCUAGGCCGAAAAAAAUUUAUCUGUACUGCUCCCAUGACGGAACGUUGCAUGCAUUUUCGAAAGCUCAAGAUUUCGAAGCGUUUUAUCUGCCGCCGGUCGGCAGUGCUUUAAUUAUGGAAAAGUACGCAGACUCUCAAAAAUCAGAGUAUUUAAGGAUGCUCUCCUGGGAUCCAGCUGAUGGGGAACACGUUGAGACAGUAAGAAUAGGAAAUUGCGAUGAAUUAUGUCCAUUCAAAGAUUAUUUAGAAAUCGUUAAAGAUAAUAUUGCUACGGAUGAGGAUUUAGAGUAUCUCAAUAACGAAGCGAACAAAGGAUCCUUAUUGAACGAAUGAAUAUAUAUUCAAUCCUGCGUACACUCAAUCGCGAAAAAUAAUGUGACUAGUAUAUUAAAUUAUACAAUAAAAAUUUAUUGAAUAUAAAAUAAUAAAGCGAUAAUUUGUUUAACGUUUUAAA